CGCGCAUCUUCGGGUAUGUUUUCCUCGAGCUCAAUAGAACGCCCCCUGAGGUCCGCGAGACAGCGCGAGCCAGUAUGUUAACAAGCCUGCAACUGACAGCAGAUCUGAGGCAGAUGGCUUGGAGUUGUGCAGUCAUUCAUUCUCUAUAAAAGUAGAAUAUUACAGGUCACUUGAGUAUUGUCUGGAGUGGGAAAGACCCAUGAAUCCCAGACGCUCCUCCAGACUACCAAAGGCCGCCAAGAAGAGCCCCCAGAGAAGUCCCAGCCCCAAUGAAGAAGGUAUCCAGCGCAAGUUGAGGAGUAAGAAACAGAGGACAGGGCAGAGGAAGACUGAAGCUGGUGAUGGCGUCAUUAAUACAGAUGAGGGCAGCAACCGUGACAUCAUCGACAUCAUCAAUUAUACACAUGAUGUAAAAUGUGUGGCUGAGGAGGAUGAAGGAAAGUUUGUAGAGAUAGCUGAUAAAGGAGUGGAUGAGUCGGAUGAAGAUUGUGCAUCUGUCACCAGCAGUGUAGCUUCUGGUCCCUCCGUCUUAUACCACACCACGUCCAAGAAACGGAGGCGACCACGAGACUUGUGCUCAGCCUGUCAGAAGCUCUACCAGAGGGCAAAGAAGAUGAAAGCACAAAUCAAAAACAAACUCUUAGACAAUGAUCCCAAGUCCCUGACAUGUGACCAGUGGGUCCUGAUCAAGAAGUGGAGGCCCAGAAGGCUUCCUAAUGCAACAAGGAAGCGUUUGAUCCAUGUAAAGCUGGUUCAGAAAAGACUUGCGCUCAAGAAAGGUGUAAAGCGAAGUGAGCAACAAGUGAUAGAGGGAGAAUCAUCAGCCUGCUCAAGGCCACACACUUUCCUACAGAGGAAUCUUAGGCGUUGCAUCAAAGUGCCAGUGAAAAAGGAGAGGAAGAACAAGAGGAGGAAGAGGACAAGCGAUGAUUCUCAGGGAUCUCGUGUCGCUAAGCAGCAGCGUCUCCACAGCAACAGCCACCACCAACGCAUUGAUAAUAGCUGUACUGACGGCGGCCGUGGUCAACCAACCAGCAGUCACGGCAGCAGCCCUGGUUUUGAGAGUUGUAGCGAUCAAGAGACCAACAAUCAAGCAGACACAGAUCAGACUGUUGAGUUGAUUCCCUGCACAGUCACUCUGGAAACCAUCAAGCCCAGAGAGCUCCUAGCCAGGCAGCAAAAGGCGAAGAAGACGAGUGGAUUCAGAGACUUGCUUGCCCAGCUGCGUGGCAACAGCAGCAUGAUCGUCAGAGAAACACUUUAGCGAGGUGACGCUAACUUUCUUUCAGCUCCAGCUCAACAGCUACAGUAUUAAGUGCUCACGUGCUGAUGUAGUUUUUACUUACGUUACUUAGCUGGUUGUCAGUGUUGUUUAGCCUGGCUUAAGUCUCUUUUGAAUACCAGUGGGUAAAUAAUUGUUGCCAUUUACCUGGAGUCACACACCUGGAGUUAAUCAAUGUUACUGUUGCAGUUCCAUUAUUUAUUUUUCCUUAAAUUUCAAAAUGGUGUUUAUUUAAAGUUUCAUACAACUGGAUGACUAUGAAUAUAUUGUGUUUUAUUUAAUUUUUUUGAAUUAAUUCCAUUUUUACUGUCUUCCUAUGAAAGGCCUUUUUUUUUUUACAUUUCCAGCAUCAGUAGCUCUGUUGACACUUUCAGUAAGAUUGUAUACAUCACACUGUAGCGGUGUCCAAACGCCACACCACAUAUUAUCUCUGAGCAGGUUUAGAGUGUGUGU